GUAGUUUAACCGGCGGCCAACGUGAAGCAAGCAAGUUUUCGUACAGAGUGUAGUACAAAGUCUACAAAGUCGAACGAUUUACAACGGGUGCGGUACCAGCGGUACUCGAUGCGCGCAGGAAGAAGCGGGCGAUGCUAGACGCGAGGAACGAGAAGCUACGAACGAAGCAAGACACGUCAAAUGUUGGUGAGGAGGCGAUCGUAGGAUGAAUCCCCAACGAGAAGCGUUGGUCGGCUCUGGCAUUGCAGGUCCUGCUAUUCCAAGAGCUCCACAGUGCGUCGUGCCCAUCUGCCACUCACGGGUAGCACCUAGCAGCAUCCUGUACCCCUUGCCUACCGAGCCAUCUCAGCGCCAGGCUUGGAUUGACUUUGUGCGCGGGUGUCCCUGUGGUCGAACAUGUGACUGGAACCCACCGACCGGCGAGAUGAGCCUUGUGUGCUCGCUGCACUUCACAGUUAGCUGCUUCAGGUUCCAGCGACCGCGUGGCUGCAGCACGAUCGUCAGGAAGUGUCUGAAAAACGGUGCAGUGCCGACGCUGUACCCGAUCGAAGAGCAGUGCGACUUGGCGGCUAACGCGGAUUCCAAUGACAACACUGCAGAAGAUUCGUGUUCCUCUGAUGUCACAGGUGUGCGAGGGCGUGAUUCACGGGAUUCCAGCCGAUCAAUUGCAGGUGCUGACCGGCGGUGACACAAAUUCAUGCGAGGACAAGAUGGAGGCCGCCGUAAAAGACAACGGAAGUCAACCCAGAGGAACGCGCGUCGAGCUGCAGUCGAGAUAGUCUUCCCUAAAGACGCCUCCACACAGUGCAGCCUGGAAAUGGUUUCCAAGACUACCAGCUAUGCUGUCAGAACUGCGUCCAAGUCUGUGCAGUGCAGUGGGUGAAUGCUGUUGAUGAAAUGUGCAGAGACAUCAGACUUGAGAGCGGAAGACUUCGGCUGGAACACAUGUGCGAAUCAUGCUCGCUCAAGUGCCUCGGGAGCUACGCUUUUGAGCAGCUGUGUUGUCACGAAUUUGGUUCCCGGCCGUGACUGUAUUCUGCCGAGGCAGAAAACAACAGUACUCGUGUAUUUCGCACGGUAUGCACUUAAAUGUUCUUUUGUGUCAGCUUUUUUUUUUUCCCCUUCUUUUUGCUGAGCCACGAAUGCUUUAUUAAUUUAUGAUGGAUUUCAUUAUUGCAGUGAGUCAUAUUUAUUAAAGCACAGAUCAAGUAAGCUUUUGUUGUAUAGCUAAACCUCAGUAUAACAAAGUUAAUCAAAUUUGCAGUUUCCUUCCUUUCAUCCAAAGUUAGUUAUGUAUUGGAAUUUGACCAUUUUUGCAAAAGUAUAGUCACCGAUGGAUACAUUUUUCACAUAGAAGGUGCCGAAAGAAAUGUUCCAUCAAUCAGCAGCAUGGAAAAGGUAACUUAAAUUAAAAAAAUCACUUUUGCUGAAACUGAGAAGUAGCUGUCAGGUUUACAGCUUAAUGUCCUGCCGAAAAAGUCCUCACGAAGCAGCCUUACACCACACGAAAAGCUGAAAGAAAUGCAGGUCCACUGCAGCGAUAAUUAGUGAAAGUGAAUCUAUCAUGCCCAUUCAGCUGCUGCGGCUUGCCAUAAAAGCCUUAGAGAGUGCUCAGAGUGGUAUGACACUACUCUGUGCUCAAUCCGAUGAAUACACAAUAUGGCAACUUGUCGCUGCGCCCUCCACAACAACUAAAGAGCUUCAUUUCAAAGUUGCAUGACUGCGAGAUAACAACUGGAGUUAAUGCCACCCUUGUUCACGCUGAGCACAUUUUCUUUCUUACAACAUCACGCGUGUGCAUUAUGUUGGUAAUAUCUAGCAAAAUUAGGUAUGGCAUCCCAAAUUCCAGUCUCUGCUAAUGCGUUGGUUCCGCAGAAGUCUGGUAACUUGGUUUUAUUGGUCCUGUAACUUGGUUUACAGGACACCCGCAUAACUUUAUGAAAGUUAGUAGCAGAGUGGCAGAUAACUGCAGGCAGCUAAAAAAGAAAUUGCUUGGUUGCAUAAAAACAUACUGCAGUAGUGCACUCACGGUGAAAGCACCUGUUAGAACCUUUGACUCUUGCAGGUAAUUUUUUUCAGUGAGUCGUGGAGAGCUUUUUAUCAACUUUGGAAUCGCAGAGUGACCGCAGUGACAACAUUCUUACACGUGGAAACGGGGGCGGAUCCAGGAGCCAA